ACUUGCUCGAGCUUCGCUCCGGACGACGGUCAAGCCUCUCCUGAGCCAGCCAGAGCUUCUCUGCCCCCCAGCGCCCUCCGGCGCACCUCACCUGCUGCCCUAGCUCCCCUUCGGUAUCCUGCCACCUACUUCACUCCACCAAGCCCCCUAACAGCCACCUCUGCCCUCCCCUGCUCCCUAGCCUUCUCCCCUUCUAAUUUCUCCCCCUUUCCCCCUCUCGCUGCCUCUCUGCUCCCCUGCUGCCUCCCACCCCUUCCCCUGUUGCUUCCCGCCUUUCUCCACUGCCGCCAGGUAUUGGCAUUGCAUGCUUUUUCUCCCUUUGCUCCAAAUUGAAGCCGCUUGUCUCAGGGCAAGAGCAGAGGCUGGGGGCAGCUCAGAGGGCGCCAGGAGAAAACCUGGAAGAUUUUUUGUUUUAAUUUCUUUUCUUUUAAAUUUCUUACAAUUAUUUUCUUUUAAAUUCCUUAACGUUUGACAAGGUUCUGGUGUCGGGUCUUCCACCCGAAGUGACUACUCUUGGUGGCGUCCCUGGACUCGGAGGAGGCAUAGGGAUGCAGGCCGUAUUCAUUCAGAAUCUCUCCGAGAUGGAGCGUGACAGGCUCCGGGAGAUAGCUUUUUUCUGCCUGCAGGAGAAGAUUCCAUCUUGGCCUAUCAAGAUGCCCAAAGCAAGCAAGAAGGUCAAAUUCUUUCGCAAAAGGUUGGAUGUUCUAACUCGUGAAAAAAAAGUUUCUCCAGAUAAUUCUCAGACCUUUGGGAUCCCCCUUUCCCAAGUCAUUGCCAACGACUUGGCCAACAAACAGCAGAGGGAAGCCAUGAAGGUUCCUCGGAGAGAAGGCCUGGAUGUGGAGGCUUCUGUGCUUCGCUUCCUCACUGAGAAGCAUCGCCAGUGCAUGCAAGGAGAACACUCCCUGCUUGGAGCCCUGAUGGAGUACCACCGGGAGCCUCUGACUCCCAUCUUUGCGGAGCAUCCCCCAAAGCUCCAGAGAAGGGUCCCCGUUAUUGUGGACAAGUGCUGUGAGCACAUCGAGGAGCAUGGCCUGAAGACCCUGGGGAUUUUCCGCGUUGGAAGCUCUAAGAAGAGAGUGAAGGAGCUUCGUGAAGAGUUUGACCAAGGCGUGGAGGUUCUGCUGGAUGAGACCCAGAGCGUUCAUGAUGUGGCAGCACUGCUUAAGGAGUUUUUGCGGGAUCUGAGUGAGCCCCUGGUGCCCCGGGAGUUCUACCAAGUUUUUCUUCGAGCUGCCAGCCUGCCUAACACUGAGAGAAAGGCUGUUUUGCAGCUGCUGAUUUUCCUUCUGCCCCCAUGCAACUGUGAUACUCUGUACCGUAUCCUGCAGUUCCUGGAUAAAGUGUCCAAGCAUUCUGAAGACACCAUUGGACCUAAGGGCCAGAUGAUUUCUGGCAACAGGAUGACCACCUCCAAUUUGGCUAUGAUUUUUGGACCCAACCUCCUGCAGAAGGAGAAAAUGCACGAGAAGGACACUAAAGUUCUGGGGAUGGAGGAAAGCACAGCCAUGAUCACUGUGCUCCAGACACUGAUUGAGAAUUUCCAGGCCCUUUACAUGGUGCCCCCUGAUGUGCAGAGCGAGGUUCUCCUCAGCCUGUGGCACACCGACCCUGAGGUCAUUGAAUAUCUUCUGCGCCAAAAAUUCAAGGCACCCCUGCCCUUGGCAGUACCUGAGACAUCAGCUUCUGAUAGCGAAUCCACUUCUGCCUCUGAAUGUGUCUCUGCAUCUGCAUCGAUCUCCGGCUCUGCCCUUGAAUCUGCCACAUCCUCCAUUGCUACCUCGGCUGUGGAAAGUGGUGCCCAAGGUGGUGCCCAAGGCGGUGCCCAAGGUGGUGCCCAAGGUGGCGCACCCAAAGAAAUUGAGGAGCCUGUGGCAAGUACUAGCAAGGCAAGUACCAGCAAGGCAGCAGUGGCAUCAUCAGCAGCAGCAGCCCAGGGUCCCACUCUUUUCCCACCCUUCUCUUUUCUGAGGCUCCCUGGUGUUGCUGAAAAGGAAGCCGAGAAGACCUCCAAAACAAUCUUUUGUCUGCGUCCUUUCAAGUCUGGCCAUGGAUCUCGGGCCUCUGACACUGCCUCCUCUAGCCGUGGAGCCUGUAUGAGGCUGUUCAUGUCCCAUAGCCAGCGCCAGAUGGCACGUUCUCUGGAAGAUUUUAUUGAAGAGCAGGCUGAGGCCAAAUUGGAUGAAGCUGAAGGCAAGGGCAAAGGCAAGGGCAAGGGCAAAGGCAAGGGCAAGGGCAAGGGCAAGGCCCCCGCAAAAUCCUCUGAGAAGCGGGCCAAGUCCCCCGCCUCCGAUGACACCGACUCCGAGCCCCGCCCCGGCUGCAGCUGGUUCCAGGCCUAAACAGAUUCAGUCCUAAACAGACCCCGUCCUAAAUGGACACACAUCUAUUGCUCCCUCUGCAAUUUAAGCUCCCUCCUUCCCCUUAACUCCCUUACAAUGUGCUGGGCAGGAUCUGACAGGUACCAACCUCUAUGGAAGCAUGAGAGAUCUACAUGGGUGAGAAAUGUGAAGGCUGAAGCCACAGAGGCCACCAGUCAUAACUGAUCUAGGCUUCUGUGGGGAAGAGGAGAGGUUCCCAUGAGAUCUCAUACCUGGAGACCCCUCUGGACCAGUAUUUCCAAAAUGUUUCUGUCCUCACCAGGGGGGAUGGCCCGGGUCUUCAUCUGUUCUGACAAGUUUCACACAAGCCGAUGACCCAGAAACAUUCCCACCUUCUUUGGUGCUGUUCUCUACUUGAGAACCUCAGGGGAGAGGGACCAAAUCUUGAGGAGACUAUACAUAGGAUGUGAAGGUAGAAAGGGACUUUAAUGAUCACUUAGUCUUCCUCCAUAAAACAAGGUGGUUGACCAGUGAUCUUUGCUGUCUCUUCCAGCCCUCAUUCUUAUGAGCCCAAUUCUCCCGAUUCCAAACCCAAUAUGGAAGAACCAGGUGUCCCAGACACCUUGCCCCUCACUUUACUUUUAGCAGACCUGUUACCCAAGCACAACUCUUUCCCUAUUGAUGUAUCUUUUGAUGUAAAAACUCCUUUUAAGGAAACUGCCCAAACCCCAGCUGCUUUUCUCUUGUGGAUGCAUGCUACUUAUGUAUGCUAUCCCCAACUCCAGCUAUUCCCCGCAGAGAAGUUAGUAGGGGCCUUCCCAAGCCCCAUGUGGAACUGGAAUCUGGAAAGCUGAGAAACUGAAAGAGAUAAACAUAUUAGCUCAUAGCCUCCUCCGGACUCUUCUACAAUACAGUCAGACCACUAGCCGCCCCAGACGGCCCUUUCCAUCAUGGUGCAGUCUGCUCAGGUCUCAUCACCAGAAAACCUCACUCAGACACUCUUACUCAUACACCGGAGAAUGGUUAACAACUGCAGAGGGUACCAGAAAAAACAGUUGAAGAUACUUUCGCGUGUAGAAUGAGUUGUUUGCAGAUAUCCUAGAUAGGCUUACGUAGGUAUAUUACAUAUGCAGUGCUCACCUCUACCGUUAUUGUGUCUUCACUAUGCAGGGUUUCAGAAUUCGCUGGCUAUGAGCUGGUUUGUAGGAUUGAGCAUUUCAUCCGACAGUUAAACACUAUGGAUGGCUAUGAGCCACUAUGUUAUAUCACAUGAGCAGUAUAGUCUUUAUUGUUUGAAAGCACUUGAAAAUGCAUGAUACUGAUGGAUAGAGGAUGCUGGGGGGAUAGAACUUUAACUAUAAACUUUUUCUGUGGUGUGUUGUAAUAAACAGUGUGGUUUAAGCAUCAAAA